AUGAUUUUUAUUUGGUUGCUGCACCUACUGGUUCUGGUUGUGAAAGUAUCCUAUAGUGCUCAACUCCAAAAUAUUCGAGAUAGGCUGAACAUUCAAUAUAAUAAUAUACCACCAUUACAACUAUCAAACAAUUCAAAUAAUGUUCUGGAAGUACUCGGCGAUUUCAAAACAUUGAGCAUACUGCGAUAUACGGGGCAGGAAAAUUUUACAAGUGGCAUCGCUAGUAAUUCAAGCCCGCGAGAUCUGAUAUACUACUCCAACGAUACAUUCGUGAAGCUACUUCGUGGUAAUGAUGAUACGUGCAUCAACCAGAUUGUACCAUUUGGAGUUGAUUCAUUUAUUCUAAGUGGCACUGGAUCCUUAUCCGAGCUCUCGUUAGAAAAUCAGCUUUUAUUUAACCUAACCAGCGGUUCUCUUAAUCCAAUAUUUGAAACAAGGUUACUAAAUAUCAAUGCAAUUCUCGAGGAUGGAGACUCUGUAUAUUUCGGUGGCAAUUUCACAUUUACUAAUACCCAGAACUCAUCAUUAAUUGGUCAUUCCGUUUCAAUGUGGAAUUCAACAGGCAACUAUACUUCACUACUUCCCUUCGUCGGGUUUGGUGAGGGAUCUGUAGUGAAUUCAAUCAUUAGAUUGGACACCGAUAAUAUCCUUUUCUCAGGCCGCUUUCAUGAAUUAGAAAAUACUGCAUUGUUGAUAAAAAAUCACAGCGCUACUGCGAAUACCUCCUUUUCCUCCAAUUCUUCCAGCUACUUGCCAUCCAUUCACUUAGGUCAAGUGGUUCCACUCAAACAUUCCAACUGGACCUCACAAGAUGGCAUACUGGAUGAAGAUUCUUUUGUCUGUCCAAAUUCGAAUGCAGAUUCCUGGUUUUUAAAUGGAACCGCUGGCUCCCUUGAAUGUGCUUUACCACAUAGCUUGGUUCCCAAAAAAAUCAGAAUCUAUAACUCACAAAUAGAGGACCAUCAGGUAUCUUUAUUCAGGAUAAUUACGAGGCCUUCGAACGGUAUCAUGAAUUUAACAUAUUUAGAUCCAAUCGAUGGGACUCAAAAGUUUUGUGAUGCAUUUUGUCCACUGAUGUCAAAAAGAAUCUCAACAGAAUCAACCAGGAAUUUGACUAGGCAAAUUUUUAUCGACAAUAACCUUACCGACAUCGGUUGGUCCGACACUUUCCAAGAUUUUGCGUUUGUUGAUGACAUCUUAGUCGCAGAGAUUGAGUUACAAGCAUUAAGUUCCUACGGCAGCCACCUUGGGUUAUCCUCAUUUCAAAUUUAUCAAGAGACGCUUUCGACAUUUGCAAAUAAUUCUUUGAAUGUACCAGAUUGUGAAUUUGAAUCCAAUUAUUCUAAUGCUGAACUAUCAAAUAACACCUGGUACAGCAACUCUCAGGGUACCGGAUCCAUUGCCGCCGAAUAUGCUGGUGGGUCUGAUACAAUACCACGAGUAAGCUUCUAUCCUGACAUUAUAUAUGCAGGAAAUUAUACCAUCAACAUCUAUACACCUGGAUGUUCUUUAGAUAAUACAUGCUCUUCGAGAGGUAUCGCUAAUGUAACCUUGUGGAACCAAACGGACAGCUCCAUCCUGAGUUCAAUUUUAUUAUAUCAAAACAAUGAAGAGUUAAAAUACGACACUGUUUUCUCAGGACAUUUAGACUCUUCGCCGCUGAUAACUCUGGAAUAUCAUUCAAGUGUUUAUCCCAACAAUCCUUCCACAGUGUUUGUUGCAGAUUUUGUUGAUGUGUCGGUCAAUUCAGUCGAUGACCUGAAUAAUAACUUCAGCGAUUCAUCGAAAAUCCUUUUGAAUGGUUUGUUCCAGUAUCAAAAAUCCAACUUCACAAACGGUGCCACUAACAUAUCUGUAGGUAAUACUACACUGAAUAAAUACCCUAAUGAAAAUCUACCUAACAAUUCGUCCUUAUAUGCCUGUAUGUACAACGAGAGUGUUUGGAUUGGUGGAUCAAAUUCCGGUGUUGUAAAACUUGAACUAGAUGAUGGCAUGGCUAUCACAGAGGAGGAUAGAAUUGGAACAUCAGGCCAUGUCGAGAAAAUAUCAGUUUAUUCGGAAGGUAUAAUUAUAUUUGAAACAUUCAACCAAUCAUCUGAAGUCAGAAUUCGGACAUACAAUAGAGCAAACAAUUCCUUUGAAAAUUUGAACAGUUCCUUCACGACAUUUUCUAAUGUUACAUUUCAUGGUUCAGAACUGCUCAUUUUUGACAACCACAAUAUUUUCAAUGUCUCUUCGCAACAAUAUGUUUCAAAUUCUUCUUCAUUCUCUCUCUCUCUUUGGGCUGCUGGCCAGAAUUCACAUGGUGAUUUGAUUUUUUCUGGAGCAGUAUCGGAGAAUGAAUAUUCAAAAUUAAAUGGAUCUGUUGCACUCUUCGGUUCCAAUUCUUCUUUAACGACAAGUUCCAUAAGUGAAAGUGCUUAUCGAGGAAUUUUUUUGAACAACUCCCUUUCCGCUUAUGCAAUCCAUGAUAAAGAGGAUUUUCGAACGCGGAUGGUUUUCACUGAUGGGAGAAGCAGUCCAUGGACUUGGGCCGGGUCCAUUGACUCCAUGCUUUAUUCGAGCAACGAAACACUGCUAGCAGUUGGCUCUUCGGGUGUCUCUCAAAAUUCAUUUUUGACGCUAUUUAAUCUCUCAAAUUUUGAAACGAUUGCGAAUGAAACUCUUUUAGAUGGUAGAAUUAAUUCAAUGGUCUUCUUUGAGAGGAACUCAACAUUUUUAGUAGGGGGAAACUUCACACUUUCUAAUUCCAAUUGUUCCAACUUAUGUCUUUAUUCAUAUGAAAAACAAAGCUGGCAAGGUUUUGAGACCGACUUUGUAGUUCGUGAUGUUAAACAACUCCAACUAAAUAACUCCACGGAGAUAUUGUUAUCCGCCAGUUGGAGCGGUAAUAAAACAUCUAAUUCAGGAUUGGCAUCACUAAAGAUAUCGGAUUUUACCAUGCGGUCUCUUUUAAAUGCAUCGAACGACUUGAGAUUUUCUUCAUCCGAUCAGAAUAGUAUAAUAGCAUGGAACUCUACACAUUUAAUGUCAUAUGACCUUAAUGAUUGGCGAAGGACACGAUUGCCAACUUCGUUACCCAUAGUAGACUUGACUCAAAUCUCCAUCAACGGUCAACUGGAUAAAAGAGAUAACGAAGAUUUACAGGGUAUAUUAGUCAUAGGAAGGUCCCUGAAAUCUGCAGAAAACAAUGUUCAAGCAUUCCUUUACGAUUCUCAGUCCUUCCUCCCUUACUUUUCUGCAAAUUUAAACAGCGAUACUUAUGAUGCCAGUAGCUUUUUCGCGGAUGAAGAUGUAUCUUCACUGUACGUUACAGAUCAACUACUUCUAAAUCCAAAUCGAACCCUUCAGCAUCCAAGAGCGUCUAGCACCUCGUAUAUACCCUCAAGCUCUCCAACCUCUACUUCGACAUCCUCGCACAGAAGUCGCAAAAGAUUAGAUCGGGGAUUCGUGGUUUUAAUUGGAUUAGCACUUGCCGUAGGCACUGUGACACUGAUUGGUAUUACCGGAGUUUCGCUCGCUUUCCUUUUCAAACAAAACGAAACACCAGGCUCAAGAUAUUCCAAAACAAGUGAAGCCGAUAUGACCAGCGCACUGCCGGCUGAGAAGUUGCUUAAGUUCUUGUAG